GACGGCGUGCCGCCGGAAGUCGUGAAGAUCCUCGUCGGCCAGCUGGACGACUCCCAGGAGAAGCUGCAGCCGCAGAAAGCCGCCACGCCGGUUGACGGCCUGAGGACCAUCGACCAGGCCGGCGCCACCUUCUCGACGCAGCGACCGCGAGCCAUUGUGGCGGAGGGCAGCAGCCUCGACCGGCAGGACCAGAAUACCGUUGGCAUGGCAGCUCUCACAAGCUUGGAGGCAGAGGAGCACGUCUCCAAGAAGACAGCAGAGACCUUCGUGGCGACGACCGGGAACGUUCUCAUCGACCAAUUCCAGCCCCGUUACUUCGCCAUGGCCUUCGCCUUCUGCUUCAAGUACGGCACCGCGUGUCCAGACGUUUUCAACACCGCCUCGAAGGACCCUUCGACCAGUCGCAGACGCCAGAAGGACUCUGAGGCUCCGACCGUCCACAUCCACGACUGGGCCGCCAUCAUGAGCCGCCGAGUGGAAGCCCAGUUCCGCCGAGACUGGAACUUCGGUUUCGUUCUGUGGAAUUAUCUCUUUCGGACAAUGGUGAAUCUUGAUGGCAACACCUCCUUCCACUCCCAAGGCGGCAAGAAUUUCACGGACGAGGAGAUCCUUCAGGGGUCGACGGAGCUUCGAGAUCAGCUGGUGCGCGGGAAGUACACGGACAUCACCGGCGCCCAGAAGAGCGUGCAAGGCGAUCUCUCCAAAGUCCAGCACGUGCCGGGGCUAUCGGCGGCGGCGAAGAAGAUAGCGCAGGACUGCAACGCCAAGUGCCGCAACAUCCCCGGAACCCACGAGACCAGGAACCUCAUGCGGCAGCAGACCCACGCUUACAGGGUGUGUUACGGCACUUCCGUCUUUCUGACCUUUUCGCCCUCGGAGAGGGACUCCACGCUGAUGCUGAGGCUGGCAAGAACUCGAGACUCGGACCCCGCCCUGCAGCAGAGCGGCAACCCGACUUGCCAGGAAAGAAGCCAACCGCCGCUGGACAAGGAUUUCCUGGAGCUGGACCCACAGGUGCUGGCCCACAUCCUGCCAGACUACGACGAGCGCCGGGCAAUCCUGGCCAGAGACCCGCUUGCCUGUUCUGAUGGCUUCUGGACGUUGGUGCAGUUGGUCUUGCGGCAUCUCUUUGGCAUCCGCUGGUGCCCCAAUUGUCCGAACUGCGCCAUGUCGGACCGGCCCUGCACGGAUGCGUUCGGGAGCAAUGCGACGGCCAUGGGCGGAGUACUGGGCAGAGUUGACGCGGCCUUCGGCUCCAUCGAGUGCCAGAGGAGCGGCGCUCUGCAUGCUCACUUCCAAGUCUUCGUGCAGUGCCUCCACCAGUUCACGCCCCUCUCGGAGAUCGUGGCGCUGGGCAGAGAGGCUUACAUGGAUUUGGUGGAGAAGUACAAGACCUACAACGCCCACGUGAGGCGCACCGUGUACUGCAAUCCCUCAGCCUGGCAGACGGAGCGCGAUGCCGUGGAAAAGGAAUGGCCCGAGUACCGGAACUCCGUCCUUAUGCUCAGUCGGCCCGGUUAUCAAAGCGAUGCCCGGCUCCCCGCGGAAUCCUGGAGACAGAAAUACUUAGAGGAGGAC